CUAGAUGUUGGUGUUUAGUUCUCAAUAACUCCUUUUAAAGCCAUUUGGAGAAAGGUCUCUACAUAAGAGCUGAGUCUACACGAUAGCCAACCAUCAUUUUGCAUUUCUGUGUAGUGGAGAAAACAUCUCUGAACUCCGUGCUACGUUUUGUCAAAACUCGGUGCGUGUGCCCGUCCAAAUAAGUCCACCCGGCACAAAGCACCAUGGGAGGACGAGGUGCGGUGCGUGGGCAACCUGUCCCGGACACACAGACGAUGAUCCAACAUCUCGCUGGUUGCGUUCGGAACGUUCCCGUGAGGCAAAGCGAGACCUCCCUCCUGGCGACCACGCAAAGGCUUCUGGACGGUGACGUCAGGUUCGUUUCCGCCCAGGACCGGAAGGACGUCACUGCUGCAGUACCCGUCUGCCAGGCGGUGGGGAGCAUCUACCACACCGUCAGGCACGGGAAGCGUGUGUCCAAACGGACGAGAAAGUUCAUCGAGACCGUCCACGCUAUCGAGGUCGUCUCCUCGGAGGGUCUUCUUCGUGCAUCACGGAGCGACUUCUUCGACCAGUUGGAAGCGAAGCUACAACAAUCGGAAAGGCACGUGAGAAAGGUGAACAAGAGAGGCAGGAUAGCGAGGCUGUUCAAUUCGAAGAGGGACAAGGAAAAGUUUGACACGUUAGAGGCAGAGCUCAACCAGCUCUUUGAAGGAGUGACUUUGAGAGAGAGAAGGAGUGAUGUGAGGAAAGCGGUAGAGGACAUUAAUGAGAAUCUCAAGAACGUCGCGCUGGACAGAGACAGACAUGCGAACGAAGAAACGAGAGCUGAGAUUCACGAGCCAAUCACAGGGGGUGAGGAUGAUGCAAAGAAUGACACGAUGGAUGUCAUUUCUGAGGACAUCUCAGAGUCGUUGGUGUUCACCUUCGAAGGUGAGCAACUCAGCGAAGAGUUGUCGGCCAUUUUGUGCCCCCCGGAUGAGGACUCGAGUCUCAGCCUUGUUGGCGAGAGGAUCAGGAUGGGGCGGUUGAGAGGAAUCGUGGAAAGAAACUUGAGAAACUUUCACCCAGAGACAAGGCAAUGGUUGCACGACGAAGUCAGCCACUGGUGCCAUGAUGAGAAGACCAGCUCCAGGUCUUUCCUGCUCUCGGGCUCCUCCGGGAUGGGAAAGUCGUGCGCAGCUGCCUCCAUUUGCAACAGAUUCGCCAAAGAUGGCAGUCUCGCAGCUUGCUAUUUCCCGGAGAACCCCUCAAUCCAAGAACCAAAGACCUUUGUUGUGAACUUGGCCAGCCAGCUGUCGCACAGUGUCCCCGGGUACUGUCGCGUGCUCGAACAAGACGACGAGCUACGUGAAGACUUGCGCCACUUGUCUGCAGUUGAGAUGUACCACCGGCUGAUACACAGGCCGCUGAGUUGCGUACGCAGGCCUAGCGCCCCCAAGCGGAUGUUGUUGGUACUGGAUGGCUUUGACCAGUUGAUCGACUCACCAGACGGGGAAGAGAUCAGGGUAAUGAUCAGCCAGCUACGGCACCUACCAAGUUGGCUGGCAAUCCUCAUUACGUGUGGUGAAUCCACCUCUCCAGUAUCUCCAGUAAAGAGGUACUUCAGGCAAUCAGAGUUCGAGCCCGAACAGUCUCGACUAAAUCACGAAGACUCACGAGUCAGGUCCGACAUGCUACGACUCAGCAACGAAGAUGCCCGAAACCAGGAGGACGUUCGUCUUUUCCUAACGGACGUUCUCGGUCAAACCAUGUCAGCACCCAAUGUGCAGCAAGUGACGGAAAUUCUUCUAGAGAAGUCGGAGGGCAAGUUGGGGUACUUCCAUCUCGUCAACUUCUUGGUGGACCAAGACAGUCUCACCAACAAAACCCUCAACAAGCUACCGACAGGAAUGAACAAAGUGCAAAUGGCAAUCGUUGACAGCGUAUACACGUUCUUGGGCCAGAAACUGUACUCUGCUCUGCUAGGGUGCCUUGCAGCGGCCAAGGAACCUGUACACAAGGACAUUCUUGGCUCCAUCCUGACGGAAGAGAGAGUCAAUGCAGCAUUCCAGAAGCAGGCGUUCGCACAGUUAGGGAAGCUGACUCGAUGCAAAUGUGAAAGUCUCUCGCUUGCUCCUGGGAUGAAAUCAUGGUUCACCACGACCGAGAGUAAACAUCGAGUUGACACUGAGCAGGGACAUGCGGUGUUGGCACGAGUUUCCAAAGAAGCCGUCCAAAACAUCAUGGCGGAGAUGAGGGGUGAUGACGUCAAGCCUACGUCAGGAGCCACGGCUAGGUAUGCCAUACGUCACGGCAUGUACCACUCUGUCCGGGCGCGGCAGUUUGGCAGCGACUUUACAACGUUGUUCUGCAACAUUCACCACAUCAGAGUCCGACUAGAGACAGACCCGCUGUCCGUGUAUGACAUGGUGGAUGAGUACACCGCCGCCUCGGGGUGCGAGAGCCUUUCCACCGAGGGUAGGGCGACGGUUGACCGCUUCAGAAACCUGCUGCUUCGACACGCAGAUACAAUUGUGGACAAUCCAGACAAUUUUGUCUCCAUAUCAGCAAACUACAGUAGGCUUGGAAGCGACAGACAGGUUGCCAACAGCUACCUUGAUCGCGAAGGUCGACCCUGGCUGCAGAAGGUCACCGAACAACCACAAUGCCUCGGGGCAGUGACGUCAUUCGCGACUCGCGGGGCCGCCAUCUUGGAUUGCGACGUCUCGCCCGACGGGAAACUUUUCGCGUGCGGAGAUUCGCAGGGCAAAGUCCGAGUGGUUCGCCCCUUCACCGGGAAAGUCGUGGGGCUCUUCGAAACGGACUGUCCGGAAAUUCGACAGUGCGCGUUCCUCCCUGGUGGUGGCCAUAUUUUCUUCGGGUCGUCCACUCACGUAUUUGACACUGAAGGCGAGCUUGUCGCGUUCGAACCGCCCGCGUUUCCGGACUCCAUGGCAACUCCCGCCAUCUGCGCUUUUACCGAAUCAGGUUCCAAGCUCGCAAUGUUCCUAAAUGUUGACUACUCACUAUCGGGUGUCUCCUUGUCAGAUCUUCCCGACGACAUCUUCAAGGUAAAACUUUUUGACCUUGAAAAAGAGACCAGUGGCGACCAACUGUUGCUGAAGAACUGCAUGUCACUCAGCGACCACCAGGCCCCGAUUCAGUGCUGCAGUUUCGUUCAAAGCGGAGAAACUGUUGUGGUUGGUUGCAGAGACAAGUCCCUCAACGUGUGGGACGCUCAGACCGGACAGAAGCUCAGAAAAAUCAACUUCGACGGAGGUCUGAAGCAAAUCUUCACCAGAGAUAGCCUCCUGUGCGUUGUGGGAGACAAAAGUGACACCAGCGUGCGAGUCUUGGACUUGGAAUCGUUCGAAGAGCUCGGAAGUGUCGAGAACCAUCAUGGCGGUGUCAGUAGCUGUCGUCUGACCGAUGAUUACGUCAUUUCUGCUUGCCGCGGGAGGAACAACGAAGCAGACCAAAACGGGAGGCUGUACGCAACGUCUACCCAAACCCUGCGGGUCAACAAAGUCUUCGUUCCCGACAGUUCCUACGUCAGUUGCUGUGCUACAAGCGCCGGGUAUGCCUGGGUGUGCGGGGAAGACGGUAGAGUGAGUCUGGUAAAGCUAACUGAAGAGGACAGUGCAUCAAAUGUCAACCAAGACGCCAGAACGCACGGGAUCGUGACGUGUGCGUUCUCGCCCAAUUCUAAAGAACUUGUGACGUGUGAGCACGGGGAAAACGGCACGCUGACAGUCUAUGACGCUCAGAAGGGGGACUUGAAGCGAGGACUGUGUUACAACAAGGGCAGAUACAUCUCCAAGAUAGAGAUGAAGAAGGUGGAAUCGAAAUGCCCGCCGAGGUGUGUGUUUUCUGUGGAUGGAUCCCGGCUUGUGGCUCUAGCGGGGACAAACUCGCUUCAAGUGUGGGACUUGCGUCGGGAAAACCACCGCUUGCUGAAGGGGCAUGCCUACUUCCGAAUCACUUGCAUGGCGCUCUCCCCGGACAAUGGUAUGAUCGCUGCUGGCAGCACUGACACAACCUUGUGCGUGUGGGACGUUGGGGGAACCCUAGAAGGCAAGAAACGCAUCGAGAGCGCCAUCUUCGAGGGGCAUUCCGACGGGGUGUCCUGUUGUGCCUUUUCCCCGGACUCGCAAACCCUGGCUUCCGGAGACAGGGCGGGAAAACUCAUUCUCUGGUCUCCCGACAACGCGGAGCCAAAAGUCGUCUGCAAAGGCCACGGUGACGUAAUCACCUGCCUCAGUUUCUCCGCAGACUCCUCUCAGCUUGCCAGUGGCGGGAAAGAUGGUGCUGUGGGACUAUGGGACGUGGAAAGUGGAGCAAGAUUGCUCAAUCUGAAACCACAGACAGCGAACUGUAUCACGUCGUGUGAAUUCAGCGCGUCCGGGCUGGUCCUGUGUUCUACAUCAGGCGGUACGAUUCGUGCGUGGAACGCAGACAGCGGCAGCGAAGUCUGUGCAUUCAAUCUGAGUGAAAGUUCUGUCUUGUCGUCGAGAUUUCUCCACGAAGAGAAGCACGUCGUGGCGGUCAGCCAUGACGGUAGUUUGACCGUGCUGGAGACAGCCACCGGCCGAACUGUGUCUCAAUGUCGUCUGCCAUCUAUCCCGGCAUGCAUGGACGUGUCACGUGACCAGCGGUUCGUGACGUGCGGGUUCCAACAUGGCGGCUUUGUACUGUACAAGUUCGUGAACUUCAUGUGAAAAAUUCUCAUCUAUAUGUGAUACAAAAGCUGUGCGAAAAGUUGUCCAUGUGAUGGACAAGUGCCUUUUUAGCCUCAUGGGAUCAAACAAAAUCAUAUGCUCUAAACUGUAACUAAAGUACUUCAACUUUCCAGCGUAGUCAUGCACUUAGUUGGUCAGAAAGCCAACCCUGUUCUAGAGUUAGCAGUGUAUGUGUGUUUUCGCUCCCAUGAAAGGUCUUGUACCUAACCUUGUAAUCUCCAAGCAGAUCUGUGGAGGUAAUGAUAGCAAAUGCCUUUACCAUUGACUGUAGGGGAGAGACGACAAGGUCCUUUUAAGGGACCGGCCCUUUCCCUUAGGUAUCUAUCUAUAGCCGACUUCUUGACAACUCAAAAAUGUUGUGAUCCUUACUGCUAGUGCUUUCAAAUACUGUGCCAUCUAUGACUGCUAAUCAGCAAACAUAUCAUCUCUGUGCAAAUCAACAAACACAAACGACAAUACCAGCAUAUAUUUACACAAGGAACCAGCCUUUAUUACACUUUUCAUAUCCAGUAAUAAUAAAUAAGCAACUGCGAACACAAUGAACGAACAAACAAUAAUAUAAUAUAAUACAUCAGUUUAGCGUUCACAUUUGCAAAUAAUUUUAACAAUAAUGUACAAGGAAGCGAGAGGAGUCCAUACAAAAGGAAGAAAA